UGAGUGGGAUCUUUGUAUGCAAUUCGGUACAUCGCCUUGGUGCACCUGAGAGACAAUCACUGUACAACGAAUCCAACGGCUGUGCGCGCUUCAAUUUCAGGGUCCCUUCAACGCAACAACACCAUGUCCUUUACACGCGAAAAUCAUAAUAACCCAGGCGUGAAGGGCCUUCCGUACUUCACGCCCGAUCAUGCCGUGUCGCCUGGUACACCAAGCGCAAAGAAUACAGGCCCAGUGCCAACACUCUUCAAGCCUCUAUCCAUUCGGGGAUCCACUUUACGGAACCGCAUCUUGGUCGCGCCUAUGUGCCAGUACUCGACCGCUGCAUUUGGGCCAGAGACGGGAAGUCUUACUGACUACCACAUCGCCACAUUGGGGCAUUAUGCUCUGAAAGGCGCAGCCCUUAUCUUCAUCGAGGCCACAGGUGUUCAGCCCAAUGGUCGAAUAUCACCGAACUGCCCAGGGCUAUGGUCUGAUGCGCAAAUCCCUGCGUUGAGAAGGGUCAGCGACUUCAUCAAGAGCCAGGGUGCCCUGAGUGGUAUCCAGCUCGCACAUGCCGGCCGCAAAGGGAGCACAGCAGCUCCCUGGACGACCUCCUCUAAGCCUGGUUCUAAGGUCAGUGCCAGAGCUGGAGCGGACGUCGGGGGAUGGCCUAAAGACGUCGUGGGGCCCAUGGGUGGGGAGGAGUGGACGUGGGAUGGAAAGCCGAGCACGGAUCCGUCAGGUGGAUUUUGGGCGCCACGAGGGUUGACCGAGGAGGACAUCUCACAGCUGGUACAAGACUGGGCGAGUGCGGCAGAAAGAGCUGUCAAAGCUGGAGUGGAUGUCAUCGAGAUCCACGGUGCGCAUGGAUAUCUCGUGCACCAGUUCCUGUCCCCAAUCUCCAACAGGAGAACGGACAAGUACGGGGGCGGCUUUGAGGGCAGGACGCGCCUGUUGAUCGAAAUCAUUACGGCGAUAAGAAAGGUCAUCCCAGAAACGAUGCCCCUCUUCCUCCGCAUAAGCGCCACAGAGUGGCACGAGACUAGCGAACUGGGUAAGCAGCACGGUAGCUGGGACGUCGAAAGCUCCAUUCGCCUGGCGAAACUGCUUCCAGAACUCGGAGUGGAUCUCCUCGACGUGAGCAGUGCAGGCAACAACCCUCAAGCAAAGAUUCCCAUGCACAACAAUUACCAGGUGGCGAUUGCAGACCGAAUUCGCGCUGCUGUCAAAGCUGAUGGCAAGAAGCUUCUCAUCGGCGCGGUUGGCCUCAUAACGGAAGCGGAACAGGCUCGCGACAUCCUCGAAGAGGGCGGUGCCAGCCGCGCCGGCAAUGGUGCGGAUGGAGGAGAUGCGGAUAUUGAUAGAGAGGUGAAAGCUGCAGUGCAGAUGACGGAAUCCGAGGGCGGAGGGGCCCCCAAAGCUGAUGUGAUUUUGGUUGCCAGGCAGUUUAUGCGCGAGCCGGAGUGGGUAUUGCGAGUGGCCCACAAGCUUGGGGUGGACAUCGCGUGGCCGAGCCAAUUUCUUCGUGUGAGAUUCCCGAAACUCUAAGACACAUUCCAACCAGU